AUGACCCGAGAAGGUCUUGAAAGUUCUCUGAAAGUUUAUGUUUAUAUCACUGUCCCCACAGGUGAUAUUGGGAUGGAACAAGGGCUGGAGACCCCCACACUGGCAGCUGUCUCUUCAGAAUCGCCUCUCUGUGUGCUACAUUCCAACAGUGAUGACCUUCUGCAGGAAGUGGUUAUCAGUGAUUUGACAGCAAGGGAGUCACCUGACUUUGGAGAGGUCUCUGACUUGAAUCACAAUGUGUGGAUCCUGCAAGAUGAAAAUAUUGUGUCAGUUCCCCGGAAGGAAAGUGUGACUCCCGUCACUGUCACUGUCCUCCCCUGCAAUUACCCGGUAUCUCCUGAGAAAAGCACAAGUUUUCCCAUUUAUUUGGGAAUUAAGGAUCCAGAAAAGUGUCUGUCCUGUGAGGAAAUUGAAGGGAAACCCACACUGCACCUGAAGGAUGAGAAGAUCUUAGACCUGUACAAUAAGCCCGGACCUGUGAUGAACUUCCUCUUCUACCGAGACCAGGAUGGCAGGACCUGCACCUUUGAGUCAGUGGCCUUCCCUGGCUGGUUCAUCGCCUCCUCUGAUAAGGGCAAGCCCCUCUUCCUCACUUCCAACCCAGGGGGAACAGACAAUACUGCUUUUAUAUAUAUUGAUUACAGUUAG